AGAACAUAGAACAAAGAUAAAACAGCGCAGAAUAGGUAUACACAUAAAAUACAUACAGAAUAAAUUUAACACAGUACAGAUAAAGACCUAGUAGAGCACAGAUGCAAGGAUCCAUCAGCUGGGACUGAUCCAUCCUGCUCACACUCUCCGACGGAAAAGCCCCGAAUCUGAAUGUGACUCUGGAGGAAAAAGCGGUUAGCUCUACUCCGUGAACUCUGCUGUUAGCUAAACACGGCUAAAGAAAACCUGCUACCACUUCAGGAUCAUCCAUCAGCUGGGACUGAUUCAUCGUGUGUUCUUCACCACCUGGACCUGGACAGCAUGGACACAGGUGUUCAACAGCUGGUGCUGGUUAAAGAAGAAGAUCCUGAAGAACAGAGUGCUGGUGUGGACCAGCAGGACCCAGAACACCUCCACAUAAAGGAGGAACAGGAGGAGCUCUGGACCAGUCUGGAGGGAGAGCAUCUCCAUUUGAAGGAGGAGACUGAUUCUGCCUGGUUUCAGUUCAGUGCUGUUUCUAUAAAGAGUGAGGAUGAUGAAGAGAAACCUCUGGUCUCACAGCUUCAUCAGCAGCAAAUAGAAGACAGAGAUGUUCCAACCAGCAGCUCAGCUGACCAGAUGGCAGCAGAAACUGGUGGAGGAGCAGGAACUAGCAGGAGCCCAGAUCUGAACCCUCAUGAACAAACAUCUGAUUCUUCAGAGACUGAAGUUAGUGGAGAUGAUUAUAUGAAUCUAGACUCUGGGUUGUCAGACUCUGGGUCUGAAACUGGAGACGAAGACCAUGACUGGAAUGAGAAAAGGUCUUCUGAGUCAGAUGUUCAGACAGUCAACAUAUCCUUUAGCUGUCUUGAGUGCGGUGAACGAUUUCAUGACAAGCAGUCUCUCCAGAAACACGUGAGAGUAACCAGUCAUUCAGCAAUAAGGUCUUCUAGCCCUUUGGUUAAUAAAAAAUCUGUUGGACUUAAGCAACCUGUAGACUCAUAUAGGGAAGCCCAGAAAGAACUAAAAUCAUUUAGUUGUGGUGACUAUGGAAAAAUAUUAAGGGGAAAACCAAGCUUUAACAGACACCAGAGAGUCCACACAGGACAGAAACCAUUAGCCUGUGAGCUCUGUGGACAAAGGUUUACCUAUAAGUCAACAUUGAACGAUCACAUGAGAGUCCACACAGGACAGAAACCUUUUGCCUGUGAGCUCUGUGGAAAAAGAUUUAAACAUAAGUCAACUUUAAACAGUCACAUGAGAGUCCACACAGGACAGAAACCUUUUGUCUGUGGGCUCUGUGGACAAAGAUUUACCCAAAAGUCAACUUUAAAUACUCACAUGAGAAUCCACACAGAAGAAAAACAGUUUGCUUGCGAGCUCUGUGGACAAAGAUUUACCCAAAAGUCAACUUUAAACAAUCAUAUGAUAGUCCACACAGGACAGAAGCCUUUUGCCUGUGAACUCUGUGGACAAAGAUUUACCCGUAAGCCAACUUUAAACAAGCACAUGAUAGUCCACACAGGACGUAAACCUUUUGCCUGUGAACUCUGUGGACAAAAAUUUACUCAAAAGUCAACAUUAAACAAUCACAUGAGAAUCCACACAGGGCAGAAACAUUUUGCCUGUGAGCUCUGUGAACAAAGAUUUACCCAAAAGUCAACUUUAAACAAUCACAUGAGAAUCCACACAGGACAGAAGCCUUUUGCCUGUGGGCUCUGUGGAAAAAGAUUUACCCAGAAGUCAGGUUUAAACACUCACAAUAGAAUCCACACAGAAGAAAAACAGUUUGCUUGCGAGCUCUGUGGAAAUCGAUUUACCGAAAAGUCGACUUUAAACAAGCACAUGAGAGUCCACACAGGACAUAAACCUUUUGCCUGUGGGCUCUGUGGAAAAAGAUUUACCCAAAAGUCAGGUUUAAACACUCACAUGAGAAUCCACACAGAAGACAAACAGUUUGCUUGCGAGCUCUGUGGAAAUCGAUUUACCAAAAAGUCGACUUUAAACGAUCACAUGAGAGUACACACAGGACAUAAACCAUUUGCUUGUGAGCUCUGUGGAGAAAGAUAUGGACAAAAGAAAUUUUUAUUCAAGCACAUGAGAGUCCACACUGGAUAGAAACCUUCUGUUUGUGAGCUCUGUGGACAAAUUUAAAGUUACGGUGUUUACUUUCCCUGGCAAUUGGGGGCAGUACAAAUCUAAAUGAUUGCAAGCAAGCAGUGUUUUUGUGUUCGAGUAAGACUUUACCAAUGUAUGCUAUUAGGGUCAAAACUCUGCACUUUUCAAACAUGUACUUCGUGAGAUCUCUGCUGCGGGGGUGGGGCUUGGUUGUUUGUGCUCCCGACUGACCCAUGUUCAUUUGUGUCAAGUGACUUCUGUGUUUUUACACGGUGUUUAACUCAUUCACUGCCAGCCGUUUUCUGAUCAGAAAAGCCCUUCGCUGCCAGCGUUUUUCAGCGUUUUCACUGUAUUUUAAAAGUCACAGAACGUUGCGCGCUAGUAUGAUGCCAAUGCCAAAAAUAGCAAAACAAAGAGUAGACUCACCUCCAAAAUCUGGAAGAAUCUGUGCGUUUCAAGCGUUAUCUGAUUUUUCAUAAUCCGUUGUUUAAUUGUGAUCGGCAGAAGCUUUUUCUCUGAAUUUAACUUUUCUGUCCUUCAUUCAUCUACAGGACUGUGUGUGUUUUCUAGUUUUAGUCUUCAGUGUUUUAUUUCUAAUUCUAUUGUUCAUUUUUGUUUUGUCCUUUAUUGCUGUAAAGCAUACUGAGUUGCCUUUGUUUGGCAAAUGUGCUAUAUAAAUAAAGCUGUCUUGUCUA